AUGAGCAAUGCUGAGAUAAUCAGUUCUACAAAUCUUAUAAUUCUGCUAGAGGAUGAAAUCUUUGCUGAUUUUUUCAAUACAUUUCUUUCUCUUCCGGUCUUUGGUCAGACACCAUUUUACACUGUUGAAAAUUCACAGUGGAGCUUGUGGCCAGAAAUACCUUAUGACUUGAUUCCAAAGUACAAAGGAUUAUUGACCUGGUUGGAAAAAUACCGGUUACCCUUCUUCUGUAAAACCAACUUGUGUCUCCAUUACAUUCUCUGUCAGGAGCUCAUCAGUUUCAUUAAGUCCCCAGAAGGAGCCAAGAUGAUGAGAUGGAGAAAAGCAGACCAGUGGCUACUCCAGAAGUGCAUUGGUGGAGUCAGGGGGAUGUGGCGCUUCUGUACCUACCUCAACAGCAGUACAGGUGAAGAGCUGGUGGAUUUCUGGAUCCUUGCUGAGAGGAUUUUGAGCAUUGAUGAGAUGGACCUGGAAAUGAGAGACCACUAUCUGUCCCUUCUCCUUGUACUGAAGGCUACCCAUCUGCAGGAAGGCUCAAAAGUAGUAACUCUCUGCAACAUGAACAUCAAGUCCCUCCUGAACCUCUCCAUCUGGCAUCCCAACCAGUCAACCACCAGGAGGGAGAUCCUGAGCCACAUGCAGAAAGUGUCUCUGUUCAAACUUCAGAGCUAUUGGCUCCCCAACUUUUACAUCCAUGCCAGGACGAUUAUGGCCAAGGAGGAAUCAUGCCAAGGUUUGAUGCAGGAAUAUGAGACUCGCCUGUGCACUGUUUGCUGUACUCAUGUAGGAGGACUCCCUCUAAACAUGAGCAUCAAGAAGUGCCAUCACCCCCAGAAACAGUACUCGAGCAGGAAGACCAAGAGGAGGAUGUGGCGAUUGAUAGACCAUGGCUCUACUCUGGAAAUGGAUACUAAGCCAGAUGCCAACAUUAUUCCACCCCAGGAGAUGUGUUCUAAGGAGGACGUAUACAAAUACCUACAAAUGCCUUCCCCAAAAGUGACUUCUUCAAAAGAGCGAAUAAUCAGUUCCCUGGAAAAGGAUAUUCUCUGUGCCAGGAAGUCCAGCAUGAAGAAGAAAUCCAAAAGCCACCUCCACAUGGAGGGCCUCUUUGAGACAGCAUUCUCUACACAUCUGAGGACUGUCACCCCCAUCAUCAAUCACUCCCCCCAGAUGACUAUCAAGAAGUCCAUUAAGCAAAGCAUUUCCUUAGGGUACACCCACUGGGCCUUGAGUGCUGAUGCCUAUGCAGGGAGUCCCUUCCGGGACCACCUGAAAAAGCAGGAUUUGAAAGUGGAGAUCCAACUCCUGGACCUCUGGCAGGAGCUGCACCAUUUCCUCAGUGUCCUGAUGAGUACCAGGAAGACUGGGAAUGCCACCUUUCGGCACAUGCUGGGCAACCGAAUUUGUGAGCUCUAUCUGAAUGAACAGAUUGGUCCAUGCCUACCACUCAAAUCACAAACCAUUGAAGGCCUGAAGGAGAUGCUGCCUUCUGGGGAAGUAAACCCCUGGAUACCCAGAGCCCAGAGAGAGAUCUGCAAGAUGCUCAGCUCCUGGUAUGAUGAAUUCCUGGAUGAAGAGGACUACUGGUUUCUCAUUUUUACAACCACGUUCAGCAGCAGCAGAUGGCAUAAAAAAGGAUCUAUAAAUAAAGAAGAGAACAUUCUUCUUUAUAAGAGGUGUGAGGAAUCCCUGGAGUUAAGCCAGGGUUUGGCUAACAUGGAGAAAAUGGAUUCUAUGCAAUGGCAAAAGAUAGCUACUGAGGACCUGAGACAAUGCGGGUCUCUCCAGGUAGAACUGAACUCUCCAGUGUUCCAAGCAGACAUAGAGAAAAUGUCCUUUGAGGAACUCUGCUAUAAGUAUCCAAAGGUGGCCAUACAGAGAAUCAGUGAUGACUACAAAAUAUAUUGUGAAAAAGCACCUAAAACAGAUUUUGCAGUGGAAAUUGUCAGAGAACCAAAGGUGCUUUCACCCUCAUAUAGGAAAAUGUCUUUCUUCAGAAAGACUGGUGUAAGGAAGCCCUCGUUAAGACCCAGAAACUUAACAGAAGUCCUCCUAAAUACACACCACUUGGAGUUCUUCAGGGAGUUUCUCAAAGAACGGAAGGCUGAAAGCCCCUUGCAAUUCCUGGUAGCCAUACAUAAGAUCAGUAUUGAGACAAAUGAAAAAAUGUACAAGUCUCUCUUUGAAAAUAUAAUCAAGACUUUCUUCCAUGGCAAAGUCUCUGCUGAAGAAAUACUGCAGUGUGAUGCUCCUAUUAUCAAAGAAAUCUCUCACAUGCGUCAUGUCAGCACAACCACAUUGUUUAUGCUACAGGGCUUUGUCAUGAAAUCUCUGGAAGAAAAGUGGUUUAAAGAUUACCAAGAGCUGUUCCCACCUCAUCCUCAGGAAGGAUUUACUGACGUACAAACUUCUAAGAAGCCCUCAAAAACCACAACUCACCUGCAGGAAUCCCAGAAGAGAGGCUGGAUAAAAAUGAUUAGCUUUAUUAAGAGCUUUUGCAAGUACCGCAGAUUUAUGUCUGAUCCCAGGAAGUGCCAUGAAUUUGAAGAAUAUCUUCACCUAGAAGUGCAAAAUAACAAGGAAAAUUUCUCCACGUCACCAAAUUCAUCAGGACGUCCAACCACAUAUGCCACAAAUGUCCGGAAUGCAGACCUUGAGAAUGGUGAUAUAAUCCUUAUGAAGCGCCGUAUAUUUGGCCACAGAAUUAUCAUUGUCAACUUUGCAAUCAAUGAUUUAUAUUUUUUUUCUGAAAUGGAAAAGUUUAAUGAUUUGGUGAGUUCAGCUCACAUGCUGCAAGUCAACCGGGCAUACAAUGAGAAUGAUGUGAUCCUAAUGAGGUCCAAAAUUAACAUCAUCCUAAAGCUCUUCCUGCAUUCUGAAAUCCCUCCAAGGCUGAGGGUAAACAUCUCUGAAUCCCAGAAGGAUGCCAUCCUUGCUGCCAUUUCAGAGGGCCACCUAGAUCGGAACAUCUUCCACGGGCCUAUCAUGUCUCUCUUCCCUGUCAUUAUGUACUUCUGGAAAAGGUAACUAUUUCCCUUUGCCCGAG